AUGGAUAUUAAGAAGAAGCAGCUGCUGCAGCAGCAUCAGCAGGCCAUCAUUCAUGAUUUAGACGUCAGUUACAUAGUGGAUGCACUCUUUACGAAGAAUGUCAUAUCGAGUGAGGAUUUUGAUCGUAUUGCCAAAUUGCAAAACAGUGCCGACCAAACACGUUGCCUUUUAGAAAUAUUAAUUCGUAACGGCACCAACGAGUCUUACGAGGCGUUUGUGGAUGUACUAGCGAAAGAUUACAGCUGGCUUCGAGAAAAACUAAGUCUGGAAAAUAAUAAUAAUAUGGCCAACGACAGUUUUGAAGAUAGUCUCAGUAAGGGUGACGUGCCGCGGUUACCUGAACACCAUGUCAGAAGACUGUCGCUGGAACAAAAUUUAGCAGACAGUUUAAAGCAGCUGACCCGCCACAAAAUAGUUGCCGUCCACGGCAUGUCGGGCUGCGGUAAGACUUGCGUCGUCCUCAGUACCUUACGAAACAACCCUGAUCUCAUCACCAACCAUUUUAACAAUAUCGUAUUUUGGCUGGACUUUGGUAACUGCAAGACUGAUGAUGACAUUGUUACGCUACAAAGCAAACUACUACGUAAAGCAUCGGUUAUGUACAUGAAUAACUCUUACAUGACCACUUCUAUAUCGAUGUCGAGUAUUGGCUCCAACGUUGACAGCCAAUCGUCCUCAACAUACGACUGGACGUCAGGUGAUCUAAAAGAUAAACUGAAAACACAAUUUUCUGAACCUCCUUUAAAAGAUGGCCUUCUCAUUUUGGACGAAGUGAAUGAUCGAAGAUGUUUCGAUGCUUUCGAUGUUGGAUGCAAGAUAUUAGUAACAACGAGAGAUACAGAUGUGGUGGCUACUUAUUCGCCUGAGAUUAUUGAGAUAAAAAAUUGCUUAGAAGAAAAAGAAUCCCUGGCAGUCUUCGCAUCGUUUCUAGAUGUAAAUGUAUCAAGUUUACCACGGCAAGCGAAUAAACUUCAUGAUAAUUGCAAAGGAAUUCCAUUCCAUAUAAGACUGAUUGGAGCGCAAUUGGCAGAAAAUAAAGAAAAGCUAAUGGACGACCCAAAAUAUUGGAAUUACUUUGUGAAAAUGUUCAAGAAGAAAGAAUAUUUUUCUAUACCGAGAUACCACACUAACAACCCAAUGAAAACUAUAGAAGUAUGCAUAAACUCUUUGAAUGAGGUUGUACGACCUUUAUACCAUAGGCUUAAAAUCCUACCGGAUAAUGUCAAAGUGUCAGCAAGUGUUCUUAGCAAACUAUGGAACAAAGAUGUACCAGAAGUAGAAGCUAUAAUGAAGCAACUGAGAAGCAAAUCACUGAUAAUUGAAAUGUAUGAUCGUGAACAAAAGAACUACCUCUAUGAGGUACAUGAUCUAAUAAUGAAUUACUUAAGAAGUACAGGAGCAGAUAGAAAAAAAAUACACGCAGAACUGCUUAAUAGUUAUCAGUAUGAUAGCAACAAUGCCCCAGUAGAAAUCGUCAACGAUGGCUACAUAGCGUAUUAUAUCGGGUAUCACAUAAAACAUACUGAGAACUUAAACAAUUUGUGGAGCUUAUUUCAUAAACUGUUUCUCAACCUAAAAUUUUUGGGGAAUAAAGUGAGACUGACAGGAUCAGCUGAUGUAAUCGCCGACCUUCAAAACUAUGAAAAUUAUAUAAGUACUGAUAAGCUGGAUUUGGACCUCCUAUACACCAUCAAAUCGUUCCUUAGCACCCAUGGAGGAGAUUUAUACCAUUACCCUUGCACCAACAUAAUCCAAAGCAUUUUACAACAUGAACAUAAAGGUAUAUUGCUUAGUAAAGCAAAUGAGAUCGCUCAAGAAAACUGUAGUAAACAUGAUCUUUAUUUUGAAUUCUUGCAUGAACAGAACGUGGAAGAAAUAAAACGUUCAACAAUUGAUGUCAAAGAAAAGUUACAAGCUGUGUGUUUUCUUGGUGACUUCGUACUUGUUGGAACUUGCUCUGGCGUCGUUAAGUUCUUUCAUAUUCCAACAAAUAAGCUUCGGAAGGAGCUGCGUGGUCCACGACUGCCUAUAACAUGGAUAGGAGUAUGUUGUUCUACAUACCCACAGAUAGUCGUAGCACUGUUCUUAGACGGUACUAUUAAACUAUGGUAUGUCGACGACGUGCAGUACGAUGAUAAUAAUGAUAUUAUUGAAGAAGAAUCAGAGGAUUUGUACAAUAGCCACUGCGCCGAAACUGAAACAAUAAGACCAAAACUAGGGCCAUACAUAAAUUGUAGGUGGUCAAACAACGAACAGUACUUAAUAUCGCAUACGAAGAAAAUGAUCGUGUUGCACAAUCCUUUCCCUCACGAGAAGAAUAAAAUCAUUGAUACCAUAGACUUUGAGAGGGAUCGAGAGAUCCUCUGUUGCGUGCCCUGCAACCAUGACCGCUAUGCAGUUGUGGCUACAGUUUGUAAUAAUAAUAUAUCUAUGGAGGUAAUCAAUUUGGAAUCUAAGGAGAGAGUCAUUACGUUUGAAGAGACUGAUAUUGUUUUAGAUAUAGUUACAGUUCCUGGUAGUAAUAAAAUAAUAACAUUAAAAGCUCAGGAAGUAAUGGAAUACGAAAUAAAAUUUAAUUUAAACUCAGUGAAGACUAAUCUAUAUAGAAGUAAAAGAGUGAUUGCAAGCGACGAUGUAAAGGAAAACAUUGCCUUUUUGGCUAUAGCAGUUAAUAAGAGUGGAACGCUCCUCUUCGUUUCGACUAACGAUAGUCGGGUUGUGUGUAUUGACCUUAAGACGUAUACAACCUCGUUUGACCUUGAAAAUAGGCGAGGCAAUGUAGUGUCAAUGGCUUGCAGCGAAUUGACGUAUGACGAAUUUGAACCCGGCUCCGAUGUCCUUCUCACCGGUACUGGCACUAUUGAAGAUAAUGCCAAGGUGUGGUACUUGGACCAGUCGUACAUAUCACAAACUGCGCAAAAGAAUGGGAGAGUUCGUCUUACCACAAAAUUUGACGUGAGUUUUUUAAACCCAGCCUCACCUCAAACACCAAGCUCUUCGACUUCCAAUAGUGGAGUAAGUGCUGACAACACUCCCAAAAGGCAUCAAUCUUUCGCGAACCAUAAAGAAGUUACCAAAACGUUUCUUAAAAACACAUUGAGUUUGGACAGGCACCAGCUCAAACCGUUGAACUUGAAGGGUAUCUGCAACAACAACGAUGGGUUCCCACAACCUUUGUUGGCAGUGGUUGAUGACAAAAAUAAUAUACAGGUGAUGCGCGGCCAAAAAGUGUUAACAGAAAUCUCAGAAAAGUCGGAUGAGUAUAUAACACGGGUGAAAAUUGCACCGUGCAAUCAAUAUGUUAUCUACGGGCUCAAGUCGGGUGCUGUCAAGAAAUACACCCUCCGCACCAAAGAAACUGUGAUCAUAAUGGAUGUAUACAGUAAAGUGCAAUACUUAAAUUUUGUAAAUUCAAACUUGCUAAUAGUCUCCGGACAGAAUAGAUGUUUGAUGGCGUACCAAUUAUGUUCGGAGACUGGUAUGUGGAAGACAAAAAUGUUGCAAAAGGGUAACAGCAAUUUAGGGUCCCAAGAAAUACUGAAUGAUAUCCAAGGCAUUAAGAAGAAGAACACUGACAAACUGUCCAGCUCCAGUAGUGAAUCUAGCCUUAAUUCAAAAGAACGCUUCUUCCGAAAUGGAGAAAAGAAAAGUCUUUUCAAGGGUAGCGGCCUAGUCGACUGCUUCUGGAUCCCAGAUCUGGGGAUGAUAACAGUAGAAUGCAACGCCACUACUAAGCUGUGGGACAAGAAUCUAAAAAUGUUAACCAUACUCAUAGGACGUCAAGCGGAUGCCUAUAUUACUGCUGCCGCCUUCCAAAAUAAUGUUCUUGCUAUUUGUGAUGAACCUCAUAAAAGGUUUCAGACGUAUGAACUGAAACUGGAUGACGAAUUAAGGCUGCAAACUAUUAAAGAAUAUAAACUGAAUAAUGUAAUCGUAUCCUGUGAUCUCACUGCCGACGGGAACAUACUCGCUAUGGGACUCGACUCCGGCAACAUAGUGGUAUGGAACGUACGACGGCAAAAUCAAAUUGCACUUUUAAAACACCACACAACGAAAGUGCAUUCGUGUUCUUUCUCCCCAGUACCUGACCGAUCAAAUAGGAACUCGUUAAUCCAAAUGUCGCCCCACCUUGUCCACACCGCCUGCUCACAAGACGAUAGCGACGACCAACCACCGUUAGUUUUAGUUACCAUGGCGACAGAAAUCGUUUGGUGGGAUAUUACUUAUGUUAUGAAGGCAAGGGCUAAUAGGAUUGCCAAAAGGCCUGCCGUAAAUCUUCUAUCACCUGUCGCAAGUCCUAUGGAGAUCAAACCUAAAACACCAACCGUAAAUGGCAACACCGAAUCUACCAACUGCAAUAUUUUCUUUGGCGAUGCAUUCGCUUUACCGCAAUAUUGUUGGAAAGCGAUUUGGAAAGGGAAAUGUUGUAAACAAGGCUCAAAAAGAAAGGAAAUAUUAGCUUGCAUCAAGCUGUCAGGUAUGAACGCAAAGAGAUUAUGUCAUGACAAUAAGUUUUCUUGCUUCGUCACAGUCGACAACCCUGGACAUAUCCACAUAAUGAAUGUCAUGAAGCAAAAUAACACAUAA